AUGAAUGCAGAACAGCAAAUCCAUAUUCUGGCGAGCCCACCCAUCUCCGGCGAAGAAGUCCCCACAUGGGAAAUCGACUCUCCUUCCUCCAAAUACAAGGGAUUGCAAUUGCUGCAAAACCACACCAAGAUCCCACCUACCCACGACGACACAAACAGCUACAAAGCCAACCUGAUGGAGAUUUCAUUCGGGGAAGGGGGAUCCAAAAUAUCGCCGAUCAUCCCACUACUCGUCCCCGCAGGCGCAUCUCGCCGUCGGCGCCAGUCAUCGCCAGCCUGA